GCUGCUCUCACUUCCGUCUCGAACUCGUCCGUGCCUCUGUGAAGUUGUGGUGGAAGUUUGCAGGUCUCUCGUCCCUCGCUCGAGAUGAGCGGACUGACGGUCCCCGCGGACUUCUCGGGACACAUGUUGGACCUGGACGAGGACGACGACCUGGAGGUUUUCAGCAAGAACCCCUCGCUGGCUGAUGGCGGUCCCAUGCCCAACUCUCCCAGCUCCAUGGUCAACCAGUACAGACUGGAGGAGGAGGAGGAGGAGGAGGAGGAGGAGCAGCCCGAGGCCAACGCCAGAGACCUCUUCAUCAGCGUGGAUAACCCAGAGAGCCACGUGACGGCCGUGGAGACCUUCAUCAUGUACAGGGUGGCCACCAAGACCACGCGGAGCGAGUUUGACUCCAGUGAGUACGAGGUGCUCCGGCGCUACCAGGACUUCCUGUGGCUCCGAAGCAAACUGGAAGAGAACCACCCCACGCUCAUUGUCCAUCCGCUGCCAGAGAAGUUUGUGAUGAAGAGCAUGGUGGAGCGCUUCAACAACGACUUCAUCGAGACCAGGAGGAGAGCCCUGCAGCGCUUCCUCAACAAGGUCUCCCUGCACCCCGUCCUGUCGCACAGCCACCACCUGGAAGUCUUCCUCACGGCGCAGGACCUGCUGCCAUACAAGAAGCAGGGCCCGGGCUUCCUGAGCCGCUUAGGGGAGACGGUGAGGGCCGUGGCCAACUCUGUGCGAGGCCUGAAGACCCGGCCGGAGGAGUUCAGCCUGAUGCAGGAGUACGUGGAGGACUUCAGCAUCAAGAUCAGCUCGGUGGACAAAGUCACUCACAGGAUCAUCAAGGAGCAGAGAGAGUACCUGGAUGAGCUGAAGCAGUACAACCCCACCUAUGCCCAGUGGGCGGAGUUGGAGGAGGAGCUGGCGGAGCCCCUGAGCGGCGUGGCCGGCUGCGUGGAGCGCUGCAGCAAGGAAACGGACGCGCAGGUCCACCACCUGUCGGACGUGCUGGUCCCCGCUCUGCACGAGUACGUCCUCUGCACCGAGAGCCUGAAGGCUGUGAUGAGGCGGAGAGACAACAUCCAGGCCGAGUAUGAAGCCAAGAACGAGGCGCUGGGCUCACAGCGGGUCGACCCCCAAACGCUGCAGGACGAGGUGGACCGUCUGGCCGACCGCGUGGAGCUGGCCAACAACGCCUUGAAGGGAGACUGGUCCCGCUGGCAGAAUGGCAUGAGAGCUGACCUCAGGUCAGCCUUCCUGUCCACCGCUGAGAAGAACGUGGAGUACUACGAGCAGUGCCUGGCUGUGUGGGAGUCCUUCCUCUUGUCUCAGAGAGUGGAACCCAGCGAGCAGAGGGACGGCGAAGACGCCUCCUAAAACGUGGAACCUCCACAUCCAGACCCCCCCCCCCCCCCCCCUCUCUGACGUGCAUUAUGUAUGAAACAAGCUCUAUUUUUCCUUUCUUUCUGGCCAAAGAAGUAAAUCUCAGCCCGCCAUUCCAGUGAUGAUUGUGCUUCACUUUAACCAACGCUGCGAUCCAAAUGUCUUCACUCUGCUGCUUUGCUGCUGUUGUUGUUGUUGUUGUUGUUGUAGUAGACACAGAACUGCACUUGACAUCCAGACACUACCAUAUUUCCACCAACCUGUAGGGUGCGCCUCUUCCACGGAUGCUGCUUGGUGACCAAAACUAAUACUGCUACUGGGUCUCCCCUCCCCAUCAGGACGUUGGAAUCGAUCGACAAACUGGUUCCAUGUCAAAGGAGUCUGACAUUUCUGAAGUAAUGUCACUAAUUGUAUGCAAUCAAAACCCUAGAUGGAGAAAUC